GCUGAAUAUAAAAGAAAAUGGCUUCCUAAUCCGUAUAGAAAGUACAGUGUAUAGGACACAAUGCUGGAGACUGCAAAGGAAACCCACACAGACACUGAAGGAGUAUGUUCAGACAGGAUCCUGAGCUCAGAAUCAAGCCAAGGACCCUAAAACUAAUGGUCACUGAGUGAUCCGAGGCGACAUGGAUCUAAAAUCUGAGCUGCUCAAGUCCAUCUGGUACGCGUUCACCUCGCUGGAGGCCGAGGGCAGCGGCAAAGUAUCCAAGUCCCAGUUGAAGGUGCUGUCUCACAAUUUAUACACAGCUCUGAACAUUCCUCAUGACCCUGUUGCCUUAGAGGAACAUUUCAAGGAUAAUGACAAUGGACCUGUCUCUGAUAAUGGCUAUAUGCCUUACCUCAACAAGUACAUUCUGGCAAAGGCAACUGAGGGUACGUUUAAUAAGGAGACGUUUGAUGAGCUGUGCUGGAUGAUGACAGCCAAGAAAAACUUCAAGCCCAGCAUUCAGCAGGGGGUGUGUUCCCAAAGAGACUGCUUCAAGCUCUUCUGUCUUUUUAACCUUCUCUCAGAGAAUCGUUAUCCUCUUGUCAUCAUCCAACCUGAGCUGGAGUAUCUGCUGAAGAAGAUCUCUACUGCUAUGAGCCAGGAGUGGGACGGGAAGAGACUGGAGGAUCUGCUAUCCCAGGAUCCUUCUUUACAGGAUGGCAUGAUUGUGUGGAUGUUUUUGGAGCAUCUCAGUGCAGGGAACCUUAUGAGGGUGGAUUGUAAGGAGGCCUUUAGCCUGGCACUGGAUGACAUCUUCAUGGAGAUGUACCACAAUGUGCUGAAGAAGGGUUACAUGCUGAAAAAGGGGCAUGUACGUAGGAAUUGGCAUGAGCGCUGGUUUGUGCUUAAGCCAGGAAGCUUAACCUACUAUAUUAGUGAGGACCAGAAAGAAAAGAAGGGAGAGGUCCAGCUGGAUGGAAGUUGCGUUGUAGAAACCAUACCCGAUAAAGAAGGGAAACGCUGUUUAUUCUGUAUGAAGACUCCUGGCAGGACAUAUGAGAUUAGUGCUUCAGAUCAGAAACAGAGAGUGGAAUGGAUUCAAGCUGUUCAGACAGCCAUCCGUUUGAAGACAGAGGGGAAGAGCUCAAUGCAUCAGGAGCUAAAGCUGCGUAGACGAGAGCAACGGGAGAACAGCCAGAACAGUCAGAGAAGCGAGAACCAGAGCAGCCAGAGUGAACAUAGUGCUGAAGAUGAGGAGCCCAGUUCUGUAACACAACACGGAGAAAUAGAGAACAAGGAACCAGACAUGGAAAUUAUAGACAUCAUCCAGCAACACCUGGAAAUGGAGGUGCAGCGGAAAAAGGAGGAUGCAUGGGUGAAAGAGAAGCAGAAGGAGAGACAAGAAGAGCUGGAGAGACAGCUGAAAGAAGCAAACGAGGACAGAGAGAACAUGGUGGCUGCAUUGACUAAAAUGGAAAGGGAGGUACAGCAGCAAAAGAAGAGGAUCCAAGAGCUAGAACUCACACAACAGAAACUGGAGGAGGCUCUCAACACACAGAUUCAGGCCCGCUUAGAGGAUGAGAAAGUCCGACAUGAGCUUGAGAGGCUAUUGGAAGAAGAAAGGAAGAAGCUGAUUGAAUUGAUGGACAGUCAGAGGCACUUGGAAACUCCUGAUUAUGCAAUAACAACCCAGGAGAAAACACCUGAGCCCCAAAAAGAUGAGGAUAACCUACUCUCUCCUGCAUCCCCUGUGAUUCCUCCAUCUUCAAGCCCCCAGUUAAUAACGUGUACAUCCCAGGCCCUUGCAGAAACAGUGGAGACACAUCACCACAAUGUGGAGAACGUUCCUGAGAAUCUUUCUAAAGCACAUAUGAGACAAUGGAAUGUCCAGCUCAACUGCCUUAUGAAGCCGAUCACACCAGCAGACAAGAUGGAGCGUCUAACAGUGAGGUCAAACUAUCCCAAACGUGGUCAGGCGCUCACCAGUACAGAGUUCAUUGUGAAGUACCAAUCAACCGUCACUGAAACAGAAUCCUCCAACAGCCAGUUACGAAAGAGAGAAGAGGAUGUGGGCACACAAGAACUAAUCACUGCAUGUCAAGUUGAGGAACCAAAGAAAACCAGAGAACAGGCUGAGCAUAGCAAUGACUUUGCAUAUUGACUCACUGACACAAGCCGAAAAAGUAAACUUUUUGUGACAUUUGUUAUUGUUUGUAGCAGCCUUACACAUGAAUAUCAACUAUACAUGUAAAUGUAUUAAAAUGUAGAUGUACAUACAAUAUAUUAUUUGCAAAAAUGUUGGUAAUCUACAGUUAAUCUACAGUAAAGACUGUGUGUGUGUAUGUGUGUUUGUGUGUGUGUUUAAUGCAAAUGGAUAACACCAAUAAAUGGAUAACACAUAAUGCAAUGUUUUUAUUUUAUUAUUUAUUUCCCACCAUACAUUCUGUCCUGUUGACAAUUCCAAACAUUGUUAUC